GAGCCCUGUGGAAGCACACAAGUGGCAUCUUGUGAAUCCUGUGCCUUGGAAGCACCAGGCUCUGUGUACCUGAUGUUGUGAAAGGCACAAGAGAGCAGUUACAACAUGGCCAGCAGACAGUUCACAGGAUGAUUUCUCAUUAUAAAUAUGGCUUUUUCAAAAUCUUCCCGAUUCAAAUUAUCAUUCGUCACCAACCUCAUUCUUCUGAGUCUCAUCAGCAUUGGAAGUGUAUUUUGCGUGGAGACCGUUACCGGAUGCCUAUCUGGCCCUUGUCAAAACAACGCUACUUGCGAGGAUGUUACCCCAGAAUAUAUUUGCCACUGUCCCUCAGUUCCAAUCGCCUUUGUGAACAAAUUCUGUGAAAAAUCCAGUGAACUUUGCAGUCCCAACUCUUGCCAAAAGAAUGUCACUUGUAUAAAAAUUGAGCAUCCUAGCGACCUUAUCUGUCAUUGUCCGCCUGGCUUUUCUGGAGAACUUUGUGAGGCAUAUGUCCAUCAGUGUGCCAACAGCCUUUGUGAGGGCGGAGCUAGCUGCCAGGCUGGGGCUUUCCAAGUCGAAGCUGCUGAUUAUAGAUGUGUCUGCCCGGAAGGUUACAUGGGUACCCACUGUGAGGCUGAUGUGAACGAAUGUGCCUCCAGCCCCUGUCAGAACAGAGCUCUGUGCAGGGAUGGAAUCAAUGACUACUCCUGUUACUGUGUGCCCGGCUUUCAAGGCAAACACUGUGACAUCGAGGUGAACGAAUGUGUAUCUCAGCCUUGCCAAAAUGGAGCAACGUGUUUAAAUAAGAUUGGGAAGUAUGUCUGCGCCUGCAUGCCAGGGUACACAGGUAGGAACUGUGAGCUGGAAAUCGAUGAAUGUCAGUCAGAGCAGUGCUUUAACGGAGCGACCUGUCAGGACUAUCUGAAUGGCUUCAUCUGCACAUGUGUGCCUGGUUUCCUGGGGGAUUUCUGUGAAAUCAAUGUUGAGAAGUGCAGAAGUCAACCAUGCCAAAAUGGAGGGCAGUGUAUUGAUGGAAUAAAUGGAUACAGCUGCAUUUGUUCUGGCACAGGUUUCACGGGCCUUCACUGUGAAAUUCUCAUUCCACCCUGCCUAUCACAACCCUGUCUUAACAAUGCUACGUGUGAGGAACGUGGUGAGAACUACACAUGCCAGUGUUGGCCAGGCUUCACAGGCAAUGACUGUGAGAUGGAUGUAAGUGAAUGCAGCAGUAACCCUUGCCUCUCUGGAAGCGAGUGUAUAGAGCUGUCCUGGAAGGAACGGUACGGAACAGCCCCAGAACUGCCGGCAGAAUUUGAUUACCAAUAUGCUGCUGGCUAUGUCUGCAAAUGUCAACAAGGUUUUACAGGUGUUCUUUGUCAAGAGGACAUUGAUGAAUGUGAUACGAAUCCCUGCUACAAUGCAGGUACCUGUGAGAAUAUCAAUGGAAGCUACAUCUGCCACUGUCCACCGACUCACAGAGGGGGGAUCGCUUAUGGUGGGCCAAACUGCACUGACGUCCUUAUUGGCUGUGAGAGCCAUAAUUGCCAAAAUGGGGGCACAUGCACCCCCUCCCUAAAGAACGGUCUGCAUGAGUUCAGCUGCAUGUGUCUGAACGGCUACUCAGGGUCAAUGUGUCAGACAUCUACAACAUUUUCAUUUGAGGUGAAGGGAUACCUUCAUGUUGAAACAUCUCUAAAGGAGGAGGACAUUUCUUCAAAUGUAACUCUAAGUUUUAGAACUGUACUACCUAAUGCCAUUAUAUUUCACCGAGGGAAUAAAGACGUUUUCAUCAAAUUAGAACUUCUUCAUGGCCUCUUACAUUUAACACUACAGAUUACAAAAGAGCAGAGCUUUGUCCUGGAGCUGCCCCACAACGUGACUGAUGGAGAGUGGCAUACUGUGGAGACAACGCUGGGAAAAAACACAUUUGAAAUGAAAGUCCUGGAUAGGUCCUGCAGUAAUGACUGUGCUAAACAAGAGCCUGUGGGAGCACUUGAUGGUCAGCUUGUAUCUGCAUUACAGAAUACCUUCAUUGGUGGUCUCAAAGUUGACGGGUCCAGUUCUGAGAGCAUUAAUGGCAUCCACACCGAACUUUACUUGAUCGGCUGUCUGCAAGAUAUACAUAUAAAUUCUGAGUUAAUUCUCCCUGGGAAGUGGUCUUCUGAGUCAGCCUUGAAUGUGAAUUUGGGUUGUAGCAAGAGGGACAGGUGUGUUACCAACCCAUGUCAGAACAGGGGGCGUUGUGUCAACCUAUGGCAAAGUUAUCAAUGUGAAUGCUAUAGACCGUAUGAAGGACAAAACUGCUCAGAUGAAUAUGUAGUUGCUAGGUUUGGAAAUGACAACACCGAGGGAUAUGCUGCGUUCAAAAUCGAUGACAACCCAGGUGAGAACAUCACCAUUUCCAUGUUCGUCCGCACACGCAGACUCGCCGGAUUGCUGUUGGUUUUGAAAAACAGCACCUGCCAGUAUUUGACAAUCUGGUUGGAAGAGGGCAGAGUGAAAGUUCAGAUCAGUCAGUAUCACACCCUAUCUGUGGAUUGUUUUAUGAGUGACGGGCAUUUUCAUUUACUAAGUGUGAAAAUAGAGCAGGACAAGAUGGAGCUGUUCCAGUCAGCCCAGAAACUGAGUUACAUCUCUAUUCAUGCAAUAAAAGUGCAGUCAGAAGAUAUUGUUUAUGUUGGAGGCCUAUCAGAUGAAUAUGAAGUGGCUGCAUUCGGGGGAUAUUUCAAAGGCUGUAUUCAGGACUUACGAAUCAACACUAAGCGAUUGCAAUUCUAUCCUAUUGGUGCUCCUGUCAACUCUUACAGUAAAAGAACCCUGGUGAAUGUGACACGUGGCUGUACUGGGGACAACACAUGUAAGAUAAAGCCCUGCCUGAAUGGUGGGGUGUGCUACUCCAUCUGGGAUGACUUCACCUGCUCCUGCCCCCCCAGCACUGCUGGGAGAAUGUGUGAAGAUGUCCGAUGGUGUGAGCUCAACCCCUGCCCUUCAGCGGCUAUGUGUCAGCCACUAAACAAAGGAUUUGAAUGCAUCACCAAUGCAACAUUUACUGAAGACAGCAAUAUAAUGUACAGGGGUAAUGGUAAGAUUGACAGAGAUCUCACUAACAUUACCUUCAGCUUUCGGACCAGAAAACAAGAAACUACCUUGCUCCAUGCUGAAAAGGGGCCUGAAUUUGUUACCGUUGCUAUCCAGAACUCACAUAUAUUAUUUGAAUUGCAGAGUGGGAUGAGUUUCAUUACAGUAAGCAUGAAGAGCCUUUUGCCAGUCAGUGAUGGCAGAUGGCACAAAAUGACUCUUUCUAUGAUAUAUCCUACAUCGCUAUUCUCAAGGUGGCACAUGAUGAUAGAUGGAGCAGAAGAAACGGCCACCACCAGUGUAGCCACUGGAAACCUGAACUUUCUCAAAGAAGGAACUGUGAUUCUCCUGGGUGGCCUUGGUCCAGAUGUUGGAGGCAACUUGGUUGGCUGUCUUAGCACUGUAGAAAUCAGUGGCGUUUCUUUACCAUACUUUGACGAUGCAGAUAUUCACAUUGCAAAGCCUCAGCAAGGGCAGUUCAUUAAAACAUCAACCAAACCUGCCAUCACUGGCUGCUCAGGAGCUAGUGUCUGUACUCCUAACCCCUGCCUGACGGGAGGCAGCUGUGAAGAUUUGUUCAAUCUUUUUAACUGCACAUGCCCUGCCGGCUGGGCUGGCCUCAAGUGUGACAUAAACAUUGACGAGUGCGCGUCCAACCCUUGUAUCCAUGGCAACUGCGCAGAUAAAACAUUGUCUUACGAGUGUGACUGUGAUCCCGGUUACACAGGGAAGAGCUGUGAACUGGAGAUCGAUGAAUGUGAAAAGCAUCGUUGUGUGAACGGAGCCACGUGCCUCGAUGGCAUCAAUAGCUAUUCCUGCCUGUGUUCUCCUAACUUCACAGGACCAUUUUGUGACCAGGGACUCAGACCUGACAGCUUUCUCUGGCACUAUCCCAGGCUGCGAUACCCUAAGCUACCUGUGUCAAUCUGUGGAAAUGGCAAAAGAAACUAUACAUGUUUCAAUGGAGGGAACUGCACAAGAACCAGAGGACGGAGAAUGUGCACUUGCUUGCCAGGCUUUACUGGAGACCGGUGUGAAAUGGACAUUGACGAGUGUAAGUCUAACCCCUGUUUAAAUGGAGGCCUUUGCCGGAACAUGUUCAACAAGUACCAGUGCCUCUGCGACAUGAACUUCGCUGGGGACCAUUGUGAGCUCGAUCCCUGAACGAAACUGAUAUUCCUGAAACCCCAAAUGCAACAACUGUAAGUGCUUCAAAUUUAAAAUGGUUAAGUCUAAAUGUUAUCUUGCAGCAUUUUUUGUAAAUCACUUUUACACAAACACAUAUUUGAACCCUAACCACGUACUUGUGAUUUUGUAGAAUUUAUAGUAGAUAUCGGCACAGGUAUCUUCAGAUAGACUUUCAAAGCACAGUUACAGGAAACCCUUUUUUGCACCUUAAUUUUAACUGUUAAAUACCGUAUAUAAACAGUGAAUUAUAAUGCAGUACAAAGUGGAAUGCAUUUUUCAUUUUCAGAUCAAGCUUUGUUCAUCUCUUGCUGUACACAGUCAUCACUAAGUAAAGUUAUGCUGCUAACAAUAUUAAUGUGAGGUCUGUCUACAAUACCCUACUACUUUAUUUAUCCCAGUUUAUUAUUAGAAACUUUCUUAGUAUUAAUGUAUGAGUUCCACAUGGUUAAGUACACGACAGAUAAUUUACCUUCAGGCAAGCUGUCUAAUAUCUCUUUACAUUAUUUUCCACAGACUGCUCCUGUAAUAAAGGGGCCAAAGUUAGCAACUGUUCUUGUGCCAUGUGUCAUUGGAGGCGUAGUAACACUAGGAAUUGUUUUAUUUUUUCUGGUUUUAAAAAUCCGAGAGACACAGCAUUUGGAGAGGACACUGAGCACUAGGCAUCUGGAUCCCACUGGAGUGGUGUUGCCAAACAACUCUUUCAAGCUCCCGCCUGUUGAACGACUCAUUUGACAUUCACAGAGACAGUGGAACAACAUGUGGGGGUCUGUGAGUCCUUUAGAAGUGUUGAUCCAGGAACUGGCAGUCCCUAUAAGCUUUUACCAGCCAUAAUAGAGAGAGAAUCAUGAUGAGUCACAUUAUUGGAUAUAAAGCACACAGCUAAAAAUACAGAAUUUGUAGUUUGCACUAGCAGAAAUAAACAUAAAUAUAAUGUAAUUCUGUAAGCUAAAAUACUUCAGGUGAUGUUAUGAUGACCAACCGCAAUGUGAACAGUUGUAUAGGCAUGCUGAUCUAUAUUCAAAACCAUUGUUUGUAAUGGUGGAACAAGGGCAGUUGAUUCAUGCACUUGAGGGUUCAUUCCCCAAAGCAUGUGUAAAACCAGGUAUUGUUCAUGUUACUUUAUAAACCAGGUCAUGGGACAGUGAUCUGAAUUAAUUUUUUUGUUGAAAGAAAUUGUUUUUGUGGUAAUAGUGAAAAUGGAUUUGAAGAGUUGACAUUGUUUAUUAGAUUAACUACGAUAUACAAAUACUUUCCUGGCCUCAAACCUCUCACAUCCAGGUGGAAGUGGAAAUUUAAAGUUUUUGUACAUCAUAGUUAAUUCAAUAAACAAUAUGAACUCAUCAAAUUAUUUGAGUUAUUGAACUUACCAAAUGACUAAUUUCCUGAAAAUGUUUUCUUCUUUCAACAUGUCUUUAUUGUUUUCUCAUUCCCACUCCUUUUUUUCAAAACUUCUCAUUUCACCAGUACAAUAUCUAUCUGAGGUUCCACUGCACAUAAGCAUCCAGAGACAAGGCAUUUAAUAUACAGGUGAAUUGAAUGCAUGGAUAAAAAUUGGGUCCGUGUUACUAUCGUCUAUUUAGCAAGUCUAGAGAAUAUGAUCUUACCAUUGCAGCUCCAAUGCAUUUUAUAUUGUUAAAAAAAAGAAAAAUCAUUGACUGACUGAUUGUGACACUUUCUAGCUGACCCCAGAGCUCACUCUCUCCAUAUGCUUGGUCUCGGUGGCUCUACUCAUAGCCCUCUUCCUAGCCACCACCGCUUUCACUGUGCACAUGAACAGGAGGGCCACCCAGGGGACCUACAGCCCCAGCCGACAGGAGA